AACAAAUGAUAAGUCAGGUGUAAAAAUGUUAAAUACCCCGAUAAAACUGGAAAUUCAAAGACUAAAUGUUUUAUAUAACCAAAGAUUCUUGUCAUGUAAAACCCCUUCUAGUUUGUGGAAACUCUUCAAAAAAAUUACUAGCGGUAAGCGAUGUACUUCUGUCCCAUCUCUUAAUGUUGAUACUCUAAAUAAGUCUUUCAUUCUCUCUUCUGUCGAUAUCCUUCCUAAUGUUACAAAUCAUAUAGACAACAAUUUUAAUGGUUUUAAUACCCUUGAUGUGAUAAAUGUCUCCAGUAUCUUAAACCUUCCCAAAGCCUUGGUCCUGAUGGUGUAGCUGCUCUUGUCUUCAGGAACUGUGUUGAUAUUUUAUAUUACUUUCUUAAUUAUAUUUUUAAUGCUUCUACCUUUUGCAUGGAAAAACAUUAAAAUUACCCCCACACCAAACCAUUCUCUGGUACUGAUAUCAAAUUUAGGCCUAUUGCAAUUACUUCUCCUUUUUUUAAAAUUGAUGGAAAAAUUACUUUUAAUUCGUCUUGAACAUUCAUUGAAACCUUUUAAUGAUCCUAAACAAUUUUCAUAUAAACAUGGUAGAUGUACUUCGGAUGAUGCAGUUGUCUUAUAUCAUAAUGUUGUUCCUUGUCUAGACAAAGGUGCCAAAUAUGUUCGUGGUGCUUUCCUAGACUACACAUCUGCUUUUGACUCUGUACCUAGCGGCCUCUUAAUAAAUAAGCUUUCGUUGACGCAAACAGGAUCCUGGGCUAAGAGUUGGUUGCAUUCUUAUUUUUUUGAAAGAAUGCAGUAUUCUGUAUAUAAUCCUAAAUCUUCUUCUGCCUUACUCACAAAAGCCGAUGUUCCUCAAGGUGCUGUCCUCUCUCCUUUUAUUUUUUCUUUCUUCCUACACGACCUGCCUCAUUCAAACGAAACUAACUUUGUCAAAUAUGUGGAUGAUCUGACUGUGUCACUGUCUAUCACUUCCGAGUCUGACUGCUCCAAACUUAAUAGUUUUCUGCUGGACAUCAGCAAGUGAUCUAAGUCAAAUGGCCUUAUGUUAAACCCUUCCAAAUGUCAGGUAGUUAACUUUACUUUCAAGCAUCGACGUGACAUAUAUGAUCUAGUUAUUUCCCAUGAUGCCUGUAGCAUAGAUGGCACUGAAAUUGAAACCAAGUCAAGCAUUAAAUACCUUGGAUUAGUUCUUUCCUCUGACCUUUCAUGGUGAUCCCACAUCUUAUCAAUCUCUAAGAAAAUGUUUCGUCUUACCUUCUACAAAAGUUUAGACAAUCAGGUAUCAACCAACCUUUACUUCUGCAGUUUGUAAACUCCCGUAUUUUACCCACUGUACUCUAUUGCUCUCCAUUAACCUUUCCUGGGCUUUUCAAAAAAGACUAUAUCAUAUUACGGAGGGUAUUAAAUCCUGUGAGUAGGGCUUGUGGUAUGCCACUGCGCGAGCUCGCCUAUAUUAUAAUCUAGAGACACAUAAGUU